CUGUCUUCCAAUAUUUUUAUCAUUACGUUUCCCUCAAAUAUCACCCCAAAACCUCGAUUUUUUGUUUUAAAAUUUAAUUUCCAAUUAAAUUGAAUUCGGAACGCGCAAUUUCUUGCCCUAAUUGUCUCAUGUGGUUGCGAAAAUGAACGAUUAUAAUCAUCACGUGGAUUCAUUCGACGAGAAUUGCUGGUCUGACUUAAUUGAUUACAGCGGCCUCUUAGACGAGGCCGUCCCGCCUGCCGAUAUUUGUUGGAACCCUCAGCCCACCACGCAAAAUGGUGAUGUGGCAAUUGAUGCCUCACUCGGUGGAACUUCAUCUCAAGCAAGAGAAUGUGUAGAAGAACGAGAAUGUCGGAGAAAGAGGGGACGCAGUGAUGAAUGUGGUGGAACAGGAAGUAAAGCAUGUCGAGAGAGGAUGAGGAGAGAAAAACUGAAUGACAGGUUCUCAGAAUUGUCUACUAUUUUGGAACCUGGAAGACCUAUGAAAACUGACAAAUUAGCCAUACUUGGUGACGCCAUCAGAAUUCUCAACCAGCUGAAAACUGAAUCGCAGGAGUACAAAGAGAUGAACGAAAAGCUUUUGGAAGAGAUCAAAACUUUGAAGGCAGAGAAGAAUGAACUUCGUGAAGAGAAACUGGUGCUAAAGGCAGAUAAAGAAAGGAUAGAGCAACAGUUGAAAACGAUGGCUAUUCCUCCUAGCGGCUUCAUGCCAGCACAUCCAUCCAUAUAUCAGACUGGGGCGAACAAGAUGGCUAUGUUCCCUGGCUACGGUCUUGUCCCAAUGUGGCAGUACUUACCACCAUCCGCCCGCGAUACUUCUCAAGAUCACGAGCUUAGGCCACCGGCUGCGUGAUAUUUGCACGUGUUGGUGCCCUUGUGCGGUAAAGUAUUACUGUUGACGAUGUGCUUGUAAAAUGAAUUACCCGCCAAUUCAUUUUACCAUGAAUUCAACUUUUUCCUUUUUUCUGCGAUUUUGCAGAUAUUCUGAGUGUUGAAUAAGCGGAAAGAUUACAAAUUUGAGGGAAUGGAUA